AUGUGUUCGAAAACAACGUUGCGAGUAUUGCGGCAAACGCGACAAAUAGUUGCGGACACGUGCAUUUCAACGCAGUUCUUGCUCUCCACUGCACACGGACUCUUCCCAUUCAAAUACAACUCAGGCACACGACGUUUGACCAGCACAAAAUUGCUCAACUGCUAUUGGCCUCUGAUAAAUAUUGUAAUCGUGUUGAUCAUUCCAUAUAUAUAUAUUUUAAAGCCGCAAGUGAAUCAAGUACGUUUUAUCUACGACAAACCGUUGAAUAAACUACUCGCUCACAUACAUUAUGUGCUGGGAGUUUGCACUCUGCUCGUGAUUAUCAUAGCGAAUUCGUACCAUCGGAAGGAGCUCUUCAGCCUGCAUAACGAUUUGGUGAAAAUGCAACGGCGACAGCAGCGCUGGCAACAGAAGUGGACUGUGAAAUCGAAUAGUCAAAUCGAAGCGUUCUAUCACAACGCGAUUAUAGCCAAAAGCCUAAUGUCGCUGCUGCAAGCGGUGUCUAGUGUAGGCGGCAAACUGGCCAUGAAUACGAAUGCGUCAUUAGAGUAUGUUUUAUAUGUCUUUUUCCUGCUCGUCUUGAAGAAUGUGACACUCUUGACUGUCGCCAAUUUCCAUUUUGCACUACUCAAUAUCUACCGACAAUUGCAGCAGGUUAAUUGGAAUUUCCAAGAGGUAUUGCGACUAUGGAGCGUACGCGCACCAGGUGUGUCCAAUAUACCGAUUGAGCAUGUGACCGACAUCGCUUUCGCUGCAUUGGCGGAUGGAGCAAAGCAGCCUAAUGGUAGUAGGAGUUUUGGUGUGAGCGCCAUAGCCGAUUUGUGUCGCCAAUAUGUGCAGAUUUGCCGAUUGGCCAAGCGGGUGUGUAAGCAUUACGAGUGGCCAAUGCUGCUAUUUCUCAUUAUCAUCUUGUUUGGCAAUGUCAUGUCGACAUUCUAUUUUCUUGUUUACCUGGGUGGCAAGGUGGUACCCAAAGAAUUUUUCUCACCCACGCUGUUCCUGCAGUUCUACCUAAUCAAUAUAUUGGAUUUAUACUGUCACAUGCUUAUUUGUGAACGUUCUAUGGCGUCGUCCAAAGAGACGGGUUUCUUGUUAAAGGAAUUGACUCAAUUGAAAAGCUUGCCAGAGGGGCUACAGCAUGAAUUCGAAAUGCUUAGCAUAUUCAUGGCAGGCGAAACGGUACGCUUUCGCUUCUGCGGCUUGUUGGAGUGGAAUUUUCGCACUGGCGCCAGCUAUAUGACUGCCACAAUUUUGUACUUGAUUGUGUUGGUGCAGUUCGAUUACAAUAAUUUGUGA